CCAUCGCCUGUGGCCUCCCAUCACAGCCUCCUCCAAGCUUGACACAACCCAGCCUUUGUGAGACGGUGGGGAGAGUUGUUGGCUAUACUAAUACUGUUGUGCAUUAAGAAAGAACUGAUAGUUACAGUGAAACAACGUAUGUAAAGUGAGUUCGGCGACGGGACAGCGAAGAAAAUGGGCGGUCACCAGAGCAAGAAGCUAGUCCCCAACAGGCCCCCGCCCAAGGUGCAACCGGGGGGUCCUGCGCCCGUUAGGAUGGUGCAAAAGAGGAGCAGGAAGAUGGUGCCCCCCGACGGAGGAUGGGGCUGGAUGGUGGUGCUUGGGGCCUGCAUUAGCUUGUUUUUCUUCCCCGCGGUGACGGUGGCCUACGGCAUCCUGUUCAAGGGCCACCUGGAUGCCAUGGGGGCGACGGCCACGGAAUUCACCAUCAUCGGGAACGGCCUCAGCACCGUCUGGAGUUUUUCGGCGGUGUUCAUGGCUCCCUUGGCCGAGCUGUUUGGUGCUCGUUCCCUCACCCUGCUCGGCGGCCUCCUGGCGUUCCUCACCCUCACCCUCGUCGCCUUCUCAACGAGCAUCGUCUCUUUCACUCUGACAUACACCAUCCUCGGCGGAAUCUCGAGUUCACUCUGCUCCUUCUUUGGUGUCGUUCUUAUUCCCAAGUAUUUUGACAAGAGGAAGGGACUGGCCAAUGGUUUCGUGGUCUCUGUCUCUGCUUUGGGCAAGAUCGUCAUGGCUCCGCUUAUCCGCCUGUUCCUGGAGCAGUAUGGGUACAGGUGGGCGUGCCUCAUGGUGGGCGCCCUCUGCUUCCACACCUGUAUCUCCGGCAUGCUGUACCAGCCCGUGGACUGGCACUUGAUUCCAGAUCCAGAAGACUCCGAGGAGAAGGAACUAGAAGUGAGGCCGCACAGAGUUCGAUCAGCGUCAGGCGAGGUGGAUCAGCGUAGGAGAACGACCGGCGAACGAACCGUUGGCGCCGCUGCUACGCGGGUUAAUGCGGAUGAAGAGGAAGACGACAUUAUCUUCGUGAUGCCGACGACACCCCAGAUGCCCCCGCCACGCCGUAGGGAUGACGAAGUGGUGCUGUUCUCAAGGGCGACACCAGAGACACAAGGAAAGGACAACCAUCCUGACCUGAAAGUCAACAUCCUCAGGAUGGACUCAAUAGCCUCUCUGUACGGCUCCCUGCCCAUGCUGACGCCCGUCGAGGAAAAACAGAUAUUGGGCAACGAAGGUGACGACGAGGAAGAAUCCUGCUGCUCCGAGUUUUUCCUAGUUAAGGUGUUUCGUCUGCUAGACUACGGUUUGCUGCGGGAGCCUUACUUCCACCUGAUCGGCUGGCCUAACGCAAUCUGCAUCGCCGCCUACAUCAACCUCAUGUACGCCCUGCCCGGAUACGUGCUCAGCCUUGGGUUCUCACACUACCAGAGCGCUUUUGCCAUCUCCAUCUACAGCACCUUGGCGGUGGUGUUCCGCUUGGUCAUCGCUAUCGUCUCUGACUACUCUUGGUUCCCCAGUGAGGCAGUCUACACGUCCGGCUUCGUCCUCGCAACUCUCAGUGUCGGAAUGAUGACUCUGGUGCACAGAUACGAGUGGAUCGUGACGUGCGUAGCCGUGAACGGCGUUGCUCUGAGCAUGAUCCACGUCAACAGCAUCCACGUCAUUGUGAACUACCUCGGGGCGGGCAGGUACGCACAGGUGAUCGGCUUCUUCUCCCUGCUGAACGGCCUGAUGAUGGUGAUCACGGGGACCAUUGCAGGUUUACUACGUGACUACACCGGCAGCUACUCCGUCACCUUCUACUGGAUCACCGUGGUCUUCGGCGCCUCGGCCCUCGUCUGGAUCAUCCGGUAUUGCUACAAGGCCUUCGACGGCAAGUACAGGAAGGUUCCCAGCAAUACCACGUAACCGCCCGCCCACACUGCGCUCGCCCACACCACGUAACCUCCCGCCUACACCACCUAAUCGGCCGCUCCCACCACUUGACCGUCAGCCCACACCACUUGACCAGCUGUCCUCAUCACUUAACCCCUUUCGCCUAAACCACUCACGCUUACCCACACUCCUUGACUGCUUGUUCACACCAGUAAACAACCUCAACCAUACAAAGUAACCUCACGCUCUCACCACUUCAUCGACAGCCAAUAUCAUAAGAACAUAAGAACAUAAGAACGUAAGGAGUCUGCAAGAGACCGGUUGGCCUAUACAAGGCAGCUCCUGUACACUCAACCCCACCUUACCUUAUCAUCCAUGGCUUUAUCUAACCUCUUCUUGAAUGUAUCUACGGUAUUGGCACCCACAACAUGGCCCCCAAGCCUGUUCCAUUCGUCCACCACUCUAUUGGUGAACCAAUUCUUGCCUAUGUCUUUGUUAAAUCUGAAUUUGUCUAACUUAAAACCAUUGCCACGCGUCCUACCUGGCUCUUUUACUCUCAAAAUCUUAUUGACAUCCCCUUUAUUAAAUCCCUUCAUCCAUUUAUAGACUUCGAUCAAGUCUCCUCGCAACCUUCGCCUUUCUAGCGAGUGUAGAUUUAACUGCUUCAGCCUGUCUUCAUAAGGCAAGUUUCUCACCCCCUGAAUCAUCUUUGUCAUCCUCCUCUGUACAGAUUCUAACAUCUUGAUAUCCAUUCUAUAGUAGGGGGACCAGAACUGAACUGCAUAAUCGAGAUGUGGUCUAACUAGUGCUAAGUAAAGUUUGAGGAUGAUUUCAGCGCUCCUGUUGCUUACGCUCCUUGAGAUGAAACCAAGUACUCUGUUUGCCCGAUUUUUAGCCUGAAUACAUUGAGCCCUAGGACGGAGGUCAGCGCUCACUUGGACUCCUAAGUCUCUCUCACGCCCAGACCUACUUAGAGGAAGGCCAUUUAAGGAGUAAUUGUGUGAAGGGUUAUUCCUACCUACACUCAGAAUGCUACACUUCCCGACAUUGAAUUCUAUCUGCCACUUCCCCGCCCAAUCAUAUAGUCUGUCAAGCUCAUCCUGGAAAACGGUAACGUCCCUGUCUGAUUGGAUUACUCUACCGAUCUUGAUAUCAUCUGCGAACUUGCUGACAUCACUACUAAUUCCUGGGUCCAAGUCACUGAUGUAAAUAAUAAAGAGCAGAGGACCCAGCACUGACCCUUGUGGGACGCCACUCGUAACACUGCCCCAUUCAGAUUUGUUACCAUUGAAUUGCACUCUCUGCUUCCUGCCACUAAGCCACGCCCUGAUCCAGUUAAAAACUUUCCCAUCUAUGACGUGAGCCUGUAAUUUUAGUAAUAGCCGGUGAUGGGGAGCUUUGUCGAACGCUUUACUGAAAUCUAGAUACAAUAUGUCAUAGUUUUCAUCUCGGUCAACCGCCUCGAUUACUUUAGUGUAGAAGGACAACAGGUUAGUAAGGCAAGACCUACCCUUUGUGAAUCCAUGCUGAGAAUCAUGAAUUAAACUAUGCUUUUCUUUCUUUCCUACAACUGAUGUUAAGCUAAUUGGGCGAUAAUUUGAGGUGGCUGACUUGUCUCCCUUUUUGAAAAUCGGCGUCACAUUAGCUACUUUCCAUUGAUUGGGCACAUACCCAGAAUUUACCGACAUCUUAAAGAUAUCGGUAAGCGGGCCACUGAGGACCUCCUUGCACUCUUUCAGCACCCUUGGGAAUACUUCGUCUGGGCCCGGCGAUUUGUUUUUCUUCAACCUACUAAUCUCAGCCUGGACUACUUGCCUAGUGAUGAUCACAUCCCUCAACUUGUCGUUCCCUUCGCCCUCAUAUACCUGAACUCUCUCCUGAAUGGUUGUUAGAUUUUCCUGCGUGAAAACUGAGAGGAAAUAGUCAUUCAUCAUUUGGCUCAUAUCUUUUCCAUUCUCAGCGAGCUCACCUGUGUUAGUUUUCAACGGUCCAAUUUUGUCCCUUGUUUUCGUUCUGUACAAUUUGAAGAAGCCCUUGGGAUCGCUCUUGGCCUCGUUGGCUACCCUAAUCUCAUAAUUUCUUUUUGCUAGGCGGGUGUUCCUCUUCACCGACCUGACUAGCUCAUUAUACCUACCCCUGAAGUGGGUUUCUCCGUUUUUUAUUUUCCUAUAAAUUCCCCCAACCACAUCGCAACUACCAGGCCAUAUCCCUACAUAGUCUUGUGGAGGCUAAUCAAAUGCUUGCCCAUGCCUUCCCACACUAAGUCGACACAUAUGAACACCCCUUAGCUGCAUCACCCAUGCCGCUUGUCUGCCAGUCUUUUCACUACACUCCCUUCUUGUCGCUCCGAAAGGAUGCCGGGGUCUUAUUUUUUUUUCUUUUUAGCAUCGCUUUUCUUAUUGAUACAGAUUAUUCGCGAGGUUAAAGUAUAAAUUGCUGAACCCAAAUAUUGUGUCAUGUACCGAUUACUCGGUGAUAGUAAAGUCAGUGAGUCAGACAACAAAGUCAAAGGGCAGAGCGUUGGAGCGGUCACACAAAGGGGCGACACCUGGCCUGGCAGUACGGUGCAGCUGUAUACAUAUGCGCUGCUGCCGGGGGGUCAGCAGACACGAAUGGCGACACCUCGCCCUGCUUCGACUAAUUUGUAAGUUAUGAACCAUUUAGUUUAAGCUCCAUAUAUAGUCAUAGAUCUGGUUGACUAGGUAGUGUUUGUCAGUCUAAUAAAGUUUGAUUUUUU